GUCGGUGCUGGGCACGCGCGCUGUACGGAAGUGUGCUUAGGUGCACCGGAAGCCGCAGGAAGAGAGCGAUGGCGGGUUUGACUGUUAGAGACCCUGCGGUGGAUCGUUCUCUACGUUCUGUAUUUGUGGGAAACAUUCCUUAUGAAGCUACUGAAGAACAAUUAAAGGACAUCUUUUCUGAGGUUGGACCUGUUGUUAGUUUUAGAUUGGUAUAUGAUAGGGAGACAGGAAAGCCAAAGGGUUAUGGCUUCUGUGAAUACCAAGACCAAGAGACAGCACUUAGUGCCAUGCGGAACCUGAAUGGACGUGAAUUCAGUGGGAGAGCGCUUCGAGUGGACAAUGCAGCCAGUGAAAAGAACAAAGAAGAGUUAAAGAGCCUUGGCACUGGUGCCCCAGUCAUUGAGUCACCUUAUGGAGAGACCAUCAGUCCUGAGGAUGCCCCUGAGUCCAUUAGCAAAGCAGUUGCCAGUCUUCCACCAGAGCAGAUGUUUGAACUGAUGAAACAAAUGAAGCUCUGUGUCCAGAAUAGUCCCCAGGAAGCACGGAACAUGUUACUUCAGAAUCCUCAGCUGGCAUAUGCUUUGCUGCAAGCACAGGUAGUGAUGAGAAUCGUGGAUCCAGAGAUUGCCCUGAAAAUUCUGCAUCGCCAGACAAAUAUCCCGACACUGAUUGCAGGCAACCCCCAACCAGUCCAUGGUGCUGGACCUGGUUCUGGAACCAGUGUAUCGAUGAACCAGCCAAAUCCUCAGGGCCCUCAGCCCCAAUCUUUGGGUGGAAUGCACGUCAAUGGCGCACCUCCUCUGAUGCAAGCUUCUAUGCCGGGUGGUGUUCCAGCACCAGGGCAGAUGGCAGCUGCUGUCACAGGACCUGGCCCUGGUUCCUUAGCUCCUGGAGGAGGAAUGCAGACUCAGGUUGGAAUGCCAGGAGGUGGGCCAGUGCCCAUGGAACGAGGACAAGUGCCGAUGCAAGACCCCAGAGCAGCACUACAACGGGGAUCUUUGCCUGCCAACGUCCCAACUCCUCGAGGUCUCUUAGGAGAUGCUCCAAAUGACCCACGGGGAGGCACUUUACUUUCUGUAACUGGAGACGUAGAGCCUAGAGGUUACCUGGGACCACCUCAUCAGGGUCCACCCAUGCACCAUGUCCCUGGUCAUGAAAGUCGUGGCCCACCCCCACAUGAGAUGAGAGGAGGGCCACUGGCUGAGCCUAGACCUCUAAUGGCAGAGCCAAGAGGACCCAUGCUAGAUCAGAGGGGUCCACCUUUGGAUGGCAGAGGUGGACGAGAUCCACGAGGCAUAGAUGCACGAAGUAUGGAGGCCCGAGCCAUGGAGGCAAGAGGAUUAGAUGCACGAAGUAUGGAGGCCAGAGCAAUGGAAGCCCGCGCCAUGGAGGCCCGUGCUAUGGAGGCCCGUGCCAUGGAGGUCCGUGCUAUGGAAGUCCGAGGAAUGGAGGCUAGAGGCAUGGACACCAGGGGCCCAGUGCCUGGACCUAGAGGACCUCUGCCUAGUGGAAUGCCAGGCCCCGCUCCAAUGAAUAUGGCGGUUGGUCCCCAGGGAGCCAGACAGGUCCCAGUCAUGCAGGGAGCAGGCAUGCAAGGAGCAAGCCUGCAGGGUGGAAGCCAGCCUGGUGCCUUUAGUCCUGGGCAGAACCAAGUCACUCCACAGGAUCAUGAGAAGGCUGCUUUGAUUAUGCAGGUUCUUCAGCUGACUGCAGACCAGAUUGCCAUGCUGCCACCUGAGCAAAGGCAGAGUAUCCUAAUCUUAAAGGAACAAAUCCAGAAAUCCACUGGAGCGCCUUAAAAGGUUUUCAAAGCUACCUGGCAACAGAUCUGGAAAUUAUUUCCAUAACUUUAUUCAAAUGUUGCAAAAAGAUUACUUCAGCAUCCUAACCCCUGACUGACUCAGUUGGUGCCAGGUGGAGGACUCCCAUCACCUUCUCUCGAAACAAAACUGUUUCAUUUUGUUGUCUUAGUUUGUAUAUUUUCUGUGACUUGAAAUAAACUUUGAACACAAUUUUAGUACACUGCAAAUUGAUAUACAUGACCUUCUUGGUUUUAAAAAGCUGAACACCAAGGGUGAAACCUUAGAUGUGUUUUCUACCCUUCCCACAGCAUUGUGCUUUAAUGUCAUAUUGUAGCUUGCUCUUUUGGUUAACCAUUCUUUCUUCUUGAUAAUAUUUGAGAAUUUCUCAGAAGCAGUGUUUUCUGGAAUUUAAUUUUUGCUUAAUUCGCUUCCAGCAAGAACAAUAAGGCUUUGCCCUUUGGAAACUUUCCCAAACUUCUGAGUCUUCUGGGAGAAAACAGCACAUGCUUAGAGCUAUAAAAUGGUCAAAAGGCCAACAAAGCAAAGAGCCUAGCACAGCAAUGUGUUUAGUUUAGAAAAAUAUAAAUAUCAAAAUGCAUUUUUUGUCAAUAGCAGAUCUGAACAUUCAUAGUUCAGAGUUAAGACAAAAGAUUGUGUUGGCACUGGUUUGAGUAUAUCAACAAUACAAGACACUGUUGACAUUUUCUUGUCUGUUCUAAAACUUCAGUCUUGUAGUCAACUUUAAAAACCCACUGAUUUUUCACAUGUUCAAGGUGAAAUAACAGCAGAAAUCGAGUGAACAAAAUACAUUUCAUCCUGUCUUCCAGGAAAUCACUAACCUGCAGCCCUACAUUAUAAACCAAAUUUAUUCUGGGAACUCAAAACAUAGAAAGUCCUAAAACUUCAGACCAAAUGUAGAGGACAAGCAUUCAGGUUGCCUGGUAGGUGUGUCCCUGCUUCCUACCUUGCAGAUAGUUCUGAAUGUAAUCAGUGCUCUAACCUGGGAUCGUCUUGCCUAGUAUUCUCUCUCUCAUAGUGGCAUUAAGGAGGAACAUAGUUUCUCUCCAUCAAGCCAACCUCAAGAGGUUAAAAGUUGCCUUAAUAAUUAGUAAAGUUCUACUGGAACUAUUUUUGAUCCUAUUUGUAUUCUCAGAAUACUACCCCCUGGGUUAGGGAUUAUGGUCAGAUCAAUUGAAAACCUGGCAUAUGCUUAGAGAAUGUAAUAGCAUAUUGCUUUACAUGGCAAGCAAAAGAAUGCAAAGAUAAUCAACUUGAUAGACAUUGAAAUGGAGGAAUUUUCUACUCUUGAUACAUAAUCAUUUAUAAGAGAAGUGUGCUGAAUAAGCUGUUUCAUAUUAACCUAGCAAAGAAAACGUGCUCAAAACAGCUGAGGAGCUUUCUGGGUAUCCUGCUCAUCUCCAGUUCAGCUUGGAUGACAAUUAUGCAGAGUUUAUUAUUUUCAUUACCUUUUAUGUCCAUUUCCAUGAAUACCAGAACCUUGAUAUGUUGAUUUGAGACUAGAAUAAAACCUUCUCGUCAGGAACACGUAAGUUUCAGGGAACACUAGCAUUCCAAAUCAAGGGCCUUGAAGAUAUUAGUUGGUCAGCAGUUGUCUAACAGGAACGUGUUUUUGAGGUUACAUUGUGUGUUUUCCCAAAGUCUUAUUAAAAUUAAUUUAGGUAACUGAAAUCCAAGAGAACAAAUUGGCAACAGCAGUGGUAUCCCAAUCUAUCCCUACAGAAGCACCUAUAAGUGUCUUUUACUGGUGUAAUAGCACAGUUAGAUACCAUGGGUCCAUGAGCUACCUUUAUUGUGUUCAGACUAGUGACUGAAAAACCUAUCUCACUAAUCCUUCAUGUCAUACCAGAGGUUCCUGAAUAAUUAGAAACAACCAUUUGUUCAUUCUUGGUGACUUAAUGGUAGGAAAAUUGGUGCUAUAAUGCUAAUUCAGUAGGAACAUUCUCAUAAAUCUAUAAUGACUUGAACUCUGGGUACAACUGAAUGUGAAGUUUUUUCCCUCUUUUGAGGGGCUUAGGGCUUCUUCUCUCCUAGUGAUUCAUGGUGAGCGGAUGUAAUUGUAGGCUAAGGUUGGAUAUAUGACAAAAAUAAAAAGCAUUUUGGUAAGACAAAGAAAUGGCCUUUUGCUUAUGUUACUUGGUGAAUGAUUACUUGGUGAAUAGGUAGAUAGGAACCAAAAAAAAACCUACUGAAAUUGUAAAUUAUUUCUUAGUUUUUAAAUGAGACUUUAAUAAGUCCCCUUAAUAAAAAGAGUGAUAAAGGAGCCUUUGUGUUGACUACAAAAGUCAUCCUAAGAUGGAGUUCAAGUUUUUUCAAUUAUUUUCAACAGAAUAAUAGAAGAUGACAGGAUAACUGACUUUAAAUUAUAAUACAAUUUCAAUUACAAUUCACAUACUUUCAAGGUUUUCUUUCCCAAAUGGAGAGCCCAGAAAAUGCAACAAGAGUCAUUAAACAAAGAAAAAAAUCCUUCAUUUUUUGACAAGCAAAAUUAAAGCAUAAAUUGCUGUUCACACUGGAUAAGAUUAUGUUUAAUGUAACAGAAUGUAUGUAGUUGGUGUUAUGUGGGGAUAGAGUUCUUGGUAAUUUUAUGUUCAUUGUUUAUUAUUUAUGUUUAUUAUUAUGUUUUGUCAUUAUUCAAUAAAUUUUUAUUUAA